AUGGACAAUGAGCUAAAGAGUGACAUAUUGAAGGAUGUGGAUAAGGUCCACGACCAAGAUGUGGAUAUCACUGGGGUGGGGCGCAGAGACAGCGUCGGUGCAGACCAAGAGAAGGAGUCAAAGUCAGCAGUCACCCUAUCGGGGCUUUUGAAUAUGCUUGAUGGUGUCUCAUCUCAAGAAGGCCGGAUACUCAUCAUGACCACGAAUCAUAUCGAACAUCUGAACGAAGCACUUAUUCGGCCUGGCCGCUCAGACAAGAGGAUUCAUCUUAAACUCGCCGAUUAG